AGAACAAAAAUAAUUAUAAGCUGCUGGAGGGGGGAAGGAGUUGAGAAAGGAAAGAAAAGAAGGCAGAGAGAAUAGUAGUAGUAAUAGUAGAGUUGCGAGGAAAUCGAGGAAGACAAGGAUGCAGUGGUACUUCGUUGCCGUACUUCUCACAAUUCUCACCAGCUCCCAGGGCAUUUUGACGACUCUAUCUCAGAGCAAUGGAAAGUAUUUGUACGACUAUGCCACUGUACCCUUUCUUGCUGAAGUUUUCAAGCUGCUGCUUUCUACUUUGCUUCUUUGGAGAGAAUGUCGGAUAUCACCGUCUACCAGGGUGACUACAGAAUGGAAGAGUGUGCGCUUAUAUGUUAUUCCUUCAAUCAUAUAUCUAAUUCAUAACAAUGUUCAGUUUGCUACAUUGACUUAUGUGGAUACGUCCACAUAUCAGAUAAUGGGUAAUUUGAAGAUUGUUACCACUGCGAUAUUAUUCAGGUUAUUCUUGAGGAGGAGACUCUCUAAUCUGCAGUGGAUGGCAAUUGUUCUAUUAGCUGUUGGAACAACCACGAGCCAGGUCAAAGGUUGUGGAGAAGCAUCCUGUGAUUCUUUGUUUGCUGCUCCAAUCCAAGGCUAUAUGUUGGGGGUACUAUCUGCUUGUCUAUCCGCAUUAGCAGGUGUCUACACAGAGUUUCUUAUGAAGAAGAACAAUGAUAGCUUGUACUGGCAAAAUGUACAAUUAUAUACAUUUGGCUCGAUAUUCAAUAUGGCUCGGCUUGUCCUGGAUGAUUACAGAGGUGGCUACGAGAACGGAUCUUGGUGGCAACGCCUUUUCAAUGGCUACAGUAUUACAACUUGGAUGGUUGUUCUGAAUCUUGGAUCCACUGGCUUGUUGGUUUCAUGGUUGAUGAAGUAUGCUGAUAAUAUUGUGAAGGUGUAUUCUACAUCACUGGCAAUGCUUCUAACAAUGGUUUUGUCUGUGUACCUCUUUAACCUCAAGCCUACUUUGCAGCUUUUAUUGGGUACAAUCAUCUGUAUGAUGUCACUGCACAUGUAUUUUGCCCCUCCAAACAUGCUUGUGGAUUUGCCUACACAAGUCAGAGCUGCUCCUGAGAGCCUGAAAGAAGUAGCAGUUGAGCGAAGAACAGAUUCCUGAUGUUUCUUGCACAUCUCAAAAGAUUAGCCUCUGCCAAUUGCUUAUUGAAAGUGGCAUGAAAGCAAUUGUUCUGCACAGCAGGCAUGAAGAAGCAUGAUAUCCUUUAAUCAGAACCCAUUCUACAAACAACUGAAUUCUUCUCCACUGUUAACAAAUGCUAUAUAACCCAUCUAUUAAGAUUUUGGCUCUAGUUUCGAAAGAGAAAAAGGUCAAUUUUGUCUAAUUAUUUGCAGUAUCAGCUGAUUAUGCAAGUUCAAAGUAGAAUUCAGAAUCAUUAUCAAUCAUGAGAUUCUUGUAAUGUAAUUCCUCUUAUGUCCAUUUUUUUCAUUGAUUACUAUCAUCCAGAAACAUUGUUGUACUUGCAGGUGACAGAUGCUAUCAAGGUAUGAGAUAUUUGCCA